GUUUCCAUGACGUCAUAGACACUGCACAACUGGGUCGUGCUUGGCAACCGAUCCUCCAUACUGUCUUAAAAAAUAGCAACAGAUGUGUUUUUGGGAUAUAAUUUGAUGCCAGACAGUAAUUCUACAUCUCAUUGACCAUGUAAACAACAAAUUUGAGGUGAGAUCAUUGAAUGAUUAACAAAUGAAGACAAAAUUGGUCUCCAGGCAAAAUCUCAGGGUCAUAAACAAUCAGGAGGGGGGAAAAUGUCAACACGAGUCAAACCCCUGCCUAUUCAACCACUCUCGGUUCAAAGAACAAGGUCCAUGCUGACCACUGGCGAUAUGUAUUCUCAUCAAACAACAAUAGAUGCAGCCCAACAUUUACCACCCCUUACAAGUCAAACUGUAGGGGGUGGGGGUGCCCAUAGUGCCCACAUAGCGAGUGGCGUGAAGGUGCAGCAGUUAUAUGAAGACCACAAACAUCACUCGCAUUCAAAACAUCAUGGACAGCAUACAGGAGAUUCAUCUAAAGAUUCCAAUGUUGUAGCACGUCCAAGUUCAAGUGCAGGAAGUAUUGGGAGCAAAGGCGGUUCCGCAGCCCGACGUAACACUGCAUGGAGUCCAGAAUCGGCAAUGAAACAGUUUAUGCAUAAAUUGACAUCUUUCGAGCAUCAUGAAAUUUUUAAUUUUCCGUCUGUCUUUUUCGUGGGACAAAAUGCAAAGAAAAGGCAAGGUGUUGUAGGCGGUGCAAACAACAAUGGUUAUGAUGAUGACCAAGGCUCCUAUAUUCAUGUUCCACAUGAUCAUAUAGCAUAUCGUUACGAAGUAUUAAAAGUAAUAGGAAAAGGAAGCUUUGGUCAAGUAGUAAAGGCAUAUGAUCAUAAAGUAGCUCAGCAUAUUGCUUUAAAAAUGGUCCGUAAUGAAAAACGCUUUCACCGACAAGCACAAGAAGAAAUUAGAAUUUUAGAGCACCUUAAAAAGCAAGACAAGGACAAUACUAUGAACAUAGUUCAUAUGUUAGAACAUUUUUCAUUCCGUAAUCACAUAUGUAUUACAUUUGAAUUACUUAGUAUGAACUUGUAUGAACUCAUUAAGAAAAAUAAAUUCCAGGGAUUCAGUUUACAACUCGUUAGAAAGUUUGCUCACUCAAUUUUGCAGUGUUUAGAUGCAUUGUAUAAAAAUAGAAUCAUUCAUUGUGACCUUAAACCAGAGAACAUUCUUUUGAAACAGCAGGGUCGUAGUGGAAUUAAAGUAAUAGACUUUGGUUCAAGUUGUUAUGAACAUCAACGUAUAUACACAUACAUUCAGUCUAGGUUUUAUAGAGCACCUGAAGUGAUUCUCGGUGCAAAGUACGGAAUGCCUAUAGAUAUGUGGAGUUUAGGAUGUAUCUUAGCAGAAUUGUUAACAGGAUAUCCACUGUUUCCAGGAGAAGAUGAAGGUGAUCAAUUAGCUUGCAUUGUUGAACUGAAUGGCAUGCCACCCCAAAAGUUAUUAGAUCAGUCAAAGAGAGCACGUAAUUUUAUCAGUUCAAAAGGGUAUCCAAGAUACUGUACAGUUACAACAUUACCUGAUGGCAGCACUGUACUGAAUGGUGGACGGUCAAGAAGAGGAAAACCUAGAGGUCCUCCUAAUAGUAAAGAUCUGGUAACUGCAUUGAAAGGAUGUGAAGAUCCAUUGUUUUCUGAUUUUAUGAAGAGAUGUUUAGAUUGGGAUCCAUCAACCCGAAUGACCCCAGGUCAGGCAUUGCGACAUCCGUGGUUGAGACGAAGGUUGCCAAAACCACCACCAAAUGAAGUAAGAACCGACUCUGCUUCACGAAGGAAGACAUCUACAGCUAAUACUGCAAGUGUAAUAAUUUCAAAAGGGCCACAAAGUGGAAAUUCAAGUAGCAAAGGACGAAACCCAGUAACUUAUGAUGAAAUGUCGGCUCCGAUGCCCCCUCGAACAAAACUGCCACAAAUAGGAUCAACAACGUAGAGAUUAUCUUUUACAAGUAUUGUGAUGCAAAAUUUUGUGAAUUGCCGUCCAAAAUUUCUUGAUCUAGUGUUUUAACAGAUCAUCAUGCACCCUAAAUUUAUUGCCUGAUGUUCAGUAAUAAAUGAUUGUGUGAUUCACUUUAUAUUCUGGAAAGCCAAAUUCUGUUCAUGGUUGAAAGUCCAAGUAUAUUAUAUGCACCAGUAUAACUGAACAAGUCUGGAGUAUUUAAGUCCAUAGAUAUAUUCAUGUGUGUGUAUGCAAAUGAUAUAGUAACUGAAACAGUUUCUUUUACUUGUUAAGUCUUUGGAUAGUGUUGAGAGAUAUAUGCUUCAUCAGAAAAAUCCAGGAGUUUUUAUUCAAUAUAAGCCUUUCUGUGAUCAGCAUUGUUAUUUUAACAUUUUGACUGAAGGCUGUAUUUAUUUGAAACCAUGUGAUGUACUGUGAGUGCUACUUUGAUUAUUAAUAACUUAUUGUUUGUUUUAUUUCAGAAUGCUAUAAGGCUCCAAUUUUUCUUGUAAUAUCUCUUUUUAUAAAAAUAUUUUGGAUUAUGAUAUAUGUAUUGACGUGACCAACAUGUAUUUGGUGAAAAGAAACACCAAGAUUAUUCUUUAACUUCCUGCAUAAAAGAAAUGUUGUUGUCACUACAUGCAAAGAGAAAAUUUAAAAUACAAACAAAACAGGUAUUGUCAUUUUGUAACUAAACACCACUGUCUUAAUUCAACCUAUUUUGUAUUUUUAUUUUAUUAUAUGUUGGUGUAAUCAUAGCUAAGUAUUGUCAACUUGACCCUGAUAACUUUGAAAUGUGAUGUUUCAAAAAGAAUGUGCUUUAAAAAUCCCCAGAUAUACUAGAUAUUUCCUCAAAUGACGACAUAAAAUUAUAAAAAUACAGUGAAAUAUUUGGCAUUAUUAUAAACAUAUUAUUGUUGACUUUUAAAUAGGAAAUGUAUACAUUUUAUACAUUCAUAUCUGUUGGCCCUAUCUAUAAUUUGCAGUAUACAUGUAUUGUAUUUGACAUAAAUUGCAAUGAAAAAAAUGCAGUUAUUUUAUAAGCUUACUUUACUAAACUGAAAUGCAUAUUGGAAAAUUAUUAUUUCUUUAAUAUAUUGGAAAAUUGUUAUCAGCUAUAAAAAGUCAACUAUGUGAAAAUUUAAUUUUGGUUCUUUCUUAAAAAAAAAAUGAAAAAAAAUCUUUGAAUUAAUGAGAGGCCAGUCUCAAAGGGUAAAUUAAUUGUGAAUAGACCAAAAUCAUGCCAUUUUUUUUAAUUCAAAUGAUGAUUCAUUGUUGCCAAACUACCCCUGCUUGUUGAUAUGUGCAUGUAAAUACACAACUGGUUUUCAUCAGUAAGGUUAAUAAUAUCCCCAAUGGCAUUGCUGUCUAUAUGAUAUCCACAAAUUGUCUGUCAAAGAAAUACAGGUCAUGAGUAACAAGACCAGAAUUCAGACAUAUUGAUCUAGGUACAUAGGUUAGAAAUCAAUAUCUGUGCAUAUUUGAACUAAGCAUGGAAGUAUUACCAUACAUUUUCAUUUGACCAGCAACUAACCUUCAUUCCUAUUUUAUUUGUAUUUUUGUUUAGUACAAAGUCAUUUCAUAUGAACAGUAAUUAAACGAUCAAUUGCUGGGAAAACACAAUCGACAGAAAUAAUUGUUGUCCAACAUCGUUUAAUACUAUAGCAUAAAAAAUUACUUUUUUUUCUAAAUAAAAGCAUUUAUAUCUAAAUAUGAAGAUGAAACAUUAAAUUUUAGUUAUAAAUUUGUGUAAUGGGAUGUGCUUAACACAGCUGUUUUAUUUAGGAUGUUUUUUUUUAGGAAGAGAUUUUUUAAACUUGACAAAUUUUUGUACAAAACUUUUUUCAAACCAGGGAUAUGCUUUAUAGGGUACUUUUUCUUGGAUACAUUUCAUACAUACAGUUUCAGAUGUAUAUAUACUCAGGUAUAACUUUUUAUAAAUGCACACCCCUUUCAAAAUCUCACCAAUCAUUUUUCACUUUUUCUAAAUAAAAACAGAGAAACUUAAGAUUUUGACGCAUAGUUUAAAGACAUGACUUUCAGAAGAAAUAAAACAAUUGAAUGAAAAUUUUUAUCAUUAUUCAAAUUUGGUUAAUACCCGACAUAAUAUAUAUAUAUAGAUUGUGUGUUGUUGUGUUGUUCUACUUCUCACUGCCAUGUUUUUAUCUUGAGAUAUAAAUAGAAGUGUGUACUACAGAGUGUUUUAAGUUGCUGUGGCAUUUACAUGUAUACUACUAUACCAGUUCAGAAUUUUAGCAAUGACUUUUAGAUGUCCUUGAAAGUAUUUUAUUUUUUUUCUGUUUCCAUAAAGAUAUUUGCAGUAAAUAAGUAAUUAAUACAUCUCCAGAAUUUCAUAUACAUUUUGUACAUGUGUUGGUUAAUCUUUCACAAAAAAAAUAUUGAGAAAAAGUCAAGAUAAUUUUACACAAAAAAUGCUACUGGUUUACAUUUGCAUAUCCCAUUAUGCAAUCUCAUAACAUUCAGUAUAUAUUAUAUAUAUUCUAAUUUAAUACUUUUAUUAAUAAGCAUAUCGGUGCAAUGAAUACAGUUAUAUGAUUUGUAUUGAGUCAACAAUAUUUUAAUUUGAUAUUUCUAUAGAUGAGUCAAAGGGACAUGAUUUAAAAAUGUGUUUCUACUACAAAAGCUACAGGCUUCAUGUUUUGAAACUCUUGCCUUUAAUAUAUUUAGCUGGAUAUGGUGAGGAAGUAGAAUUGAUAUCUGGACAGUGAUUUAUCUGACCUGUACCAGAUUAAUUGAACAUAGAUUCUCUUGGUUCUGUCUUUAUCAUGAGAGAAGUUAUUUGGAUGUAAUUAAUUCCUUGUGAUAUUUCACAGUCAAAUAGUUGAUUACAAGUCUAGUGGGUGGGCAUGUCUGUUAUAUCAAUAAGUAAUGCUUAAUGGCAAAGUAAUAUACUCUGGGUCAAUAAAAAACAUAUUGCUACUGUUAGGUAAGCUAUGGAGGUUUAUUAUUAUAUAUGACACUCAUUUGCUGUAAUGAAGUGCAGUUGAUAUUUACUUAGUCUUUGGUUUGUAAUAAUGACGUUUUAUACUGUCCUUGAUAAAUCAGUAUUGAUAAAGCAUUCGUCAUGUUAUUUUGUUAAGAUCAGGCAAGUUUGUCAGUAUAAUCCUCCACCGCUAAUAAGAACAAAUUUUUUUUUCAAUAAAAAGUGGAUAAUAAGGAAAAGGGGCUGUCUACUAACAAUCGUUCUAAACUGGGUAAAACUGUCUACCACAAGAUGUUUAAUACAUGUAUCACGAUCAAAAGUUAAGGUCAGUUGACAUUGUGUUGCAAUGGGUUGUGCUUUGCUUUUCAACACUGUUUGGGUUUUAUUUAAAAAUCAUUGAAAUUUCUUCAAUGGUUCAAUACAUUCAACAACUGGGUCCAUAUGUUUUACACAUAAAGUGCAAAUGUGUUUGGUGAAACAGUUCCUGAAAGUAUGACAGAAGAUUUAAAAUAUACUAGUCCAUCAGUAUUAUAAAUAAUGUUCAUUGCUAUAAAUUCUUGUCAUACAUGUGCAUGAGGGAUGAUGUGUGUAGUGUAUUAUGCUUCCUUAAUUUGUACUGUAAAUUUUAACUUUAAACCUGAUACAAAAAUAUGUUUGCAUAAUGAUUUGGGAAAAGGGUGGUUCUUACUCCCUACGUUUUAUUUUAAGAAAAAGUGCAACAUCACAUUUUUAUAUUUUCAUAUUUUUUAAUAGAGGGGAAAGCUUAUAAUUAGUUGUACAUUAAAAAUAUUUCAAAAUUCUUUUAAACCAAAAUUUUUUUUUAACUUGUUAGAAAUGACAGUGUAUAAAUCCAUUGUCUUGUAAUUUUUCUGGUUUUAAGUUAAAAGAUUUCUUUGUUGUUCUUUUAGUGUCAUUCUCUGCAUUUUUUAUUAGAACUUAUUAUGGUAGAAUGUAUUUUUUUUAAACGCAUAUCUUUUGUUUCUGGAUCACAGAGCCUUUUAAUUAUAUGUAAUUUUACCCUAAUCAGUUUUGGAUAAAAGCUUCAAUGACACUUUAUAUCUAGUCAAUGUUGAGAAGUACCCAUGCUGUUACAUAGUUCUAUUCAAUAGGUUAAGAUGUAGUUUUAUUUUAUAUGAAAGAGCACUGGUAAGGCUGGUUAACACAAUGUUCUCAUAAACUUGUGACUUACAUGUAAUGCAGAGAAUGGCACAUGGUGUAAAGCAUUGGUUGUGAGUGAAUACAUGUAUGAGUCUGAAUUGUUUUAUAUGUUAUUUGUGUUUUUUAAGUCGUUAUUUUAUAUUUUACCAAUAUUUUUAAACAUAUUUUUUAUUUGUAUAUACAAAUUUUGUUUAAAAGAAAAUCAGGAUUUAUAAAUAUUGUAAAUAGCUCUAUUGCAAUCUUUCUUAUAUUGUUCAAUUGAAGUGUGAUGUUUACUUGUUUGAAACUAGACUGUCAAAUUCUUACACAUCUUUGUUUUUUAAAAACGACAAAAAUCCUGCAGAUUUUUAACUUGAUGAAACUCAUUUUUGUAACAGUGACUCUGUAUCGUUAUAUUAACAGAAGUGUAAUGAAGUCAAAAAUAUGUAUAUUAAAAUGACACAACAUAUAA